AUGGAUGGAUCUCGGAGGCGGCCGGCGACCGCCCGAAUCAGGCACACGUCACGGCAUCCCGAGGCGUCCCCGCCAGCGGACCCCACCACCGGGCCACACCGCUUCGGAAACCUGGGCAGUAGAUGCCGGAGCCCGCCCAGGGAACCGAGAUCUAGUGUAAUCUUUACCCCACUCAAGUGUCAAGGAGGCAACCCGCCCCGCCCCCUCCCUAAACACGCACUCUUUCACAGCACCACAACAAGAGCAGCCCGCCCACCCUCCGCACCGGGGCUUCUCAGCGCCCGCCCCAAUGUCAAGCCCACGACCGAAGACCCUCGGGGCCAGGAGCCAGUGUCAGGGGCCCCGGCCGGCGUCCGUGCCUCCCUCCCUCCUCAGCGGAAAGGACAACCGAGAGAGAUUAGGCGCGCGGACAGCCAGCCAGAUGAGCCGAGACUCACCGGGAGGCUCCCAAAGCUGGACCCCAAGGACUCCAGCACCAGGCCUGCCAGAGACCCCCUUAGCCCACAUCGGGGAGCACCGCGAUCCCGUUAUGAGACAACGGGGGAUGGGGCAAAGCGCCCCAAACCGGGCUCCGAAUGCUUGGUCUGGAGCUCCUCUAGCCUGGCUAGGCUGCCAGCUCUUCCCAGGACCCUGCCUGAGAGUCACCUACCUGCCCGGCCUUUCGGCGCUCAUCUAAAAGGCUCCUCCGCCAAGACUAGGGGACACCAGGAAUUGGGUUUGUUUGCGGUACCUCUGAGGGGGCAAGAUGGCGACAGGUAUCAAGGCGCAGGCGCACCCACGCGCUGCCAGUCGGGAGGUGUAGUUCGCCUUUCCCGCCUUUCGGAGAAUAGACACCAAAAGGCCUCCAUUCUUCUUGGCCCCCUUUUCCUCUGCGUUACGAAAGGAAAAAAGAGACAUCGCGAGGGGUGCUGGGAGUUGUGGUCCGAACCCAGGCUCUCUCCUCUUUUGCUCCGGGUUUGCUGUCUCACGCGCAAGGAAGGCUGGGAUUGUAGUUUCUUUGGCUUCACCUCCAUACCCUCUUCUCUCUGGCUUCGCGCGCCUCUCCUCGGGAGUUGCUGUCUCCCAGCCAAUCGGCUGCGCUCUCUGCUACGUGUGGCGUCACACGUAGCGGUCGAAAUGGCGUCAGUGGCUGGGUCCGAGAAUUUGCUGCGACCUUUACGCUAGGGGAAGUUAGGGAUGAUGGGAAAGUAGCUUUGUCCCUGAUCCGGCGUUGAGGAUUAGGAAUGGAUUUCUCACAAUCAUGGGAGCAAUUAUCAGCGGCCGCCGGCCUCCCAAACGACAACUCAGAGAUAAUCCACGUUACGGGUACGGACAUAGUGGACAUCGCAGGUGCCUCUACCCACUCUGGGGGCUGCGGAGUUGCAUGUAGACAAGGGGAACCAACAGGUCAGGCUCCGAUUUGGGUUAUAGUCAGUCUUUCUCGACUUUGGGUUUCUCCACAUGUGAAGCGAGAAUGGUGAUUAUCUCGUGCUAUAUCUGUCAAAGGCAAGAAGCAGAAGGGGUUUACUUGAGCCCCUACGACGUGGUAGGUGCACCUUCAGCCUUUCUUAUUUAAUCUUACAACAAUUUUGUGAAGAAGGUAUUUUACAGAUGAGAAAAGGAUCCCACUGUAAACUUACUCGCGACCGUAAAAUCGAAGCCAGUACCUGGUAUUCUUGAAGAUUCAGUUCUCUUUAAAUUUUGUAUUUUGGGUAGCAACAUGGGAUCUGGCUAGAAAUGCUCAAGUCAGAGGGUCUUUUUAUAUGUAUUCUGCUAUUACCAGACAUACUUUCCUUCUCUGAAAAAUGUGCUUAAUACUACCCUAUGGUGAUGUUGUAAGACACAAUGUAGAUAAAAGUUGUGAACCACCGUACAAACGUGUCAGGCUGUUCUUGAAUGGAGCUGUAGGUUAGGAAGAGAAAAUAAGUAACAGCAUUUAACUUUCCUACUACUUUUUACCUAUUAGCUAAAACUACUGUCCAAGGUCCAGGGAAAUAAUUGUUGAAAUCUAAGCCUGCCCCUUCAGAAAAUCGUACAGUGGGGCAAAUUAACCUUCAGGAUCUCCCUCCACUCGUUCCCUGACCUUGGAGUGCAUUCUCUUCCAUGUGUUUCCCACUAAGUUGGGAUACCACCUGCUUUCAGGCCAAAUGUUUAAGAACCCUUGAAAAGAUGAUACAUGAAACCUUAAUAGAAGAUUUUGCAAUUUUAACAUCCAUUGUUUGAUCUGAGCCUUACAGCAUCUCAAUGGAGCAGGUAUAAUUAAGGUCCCUCAGACUGUGGAUGAGAAAAUAUAUACAUACUCAGGAAUUCACCCAAAGUCAUUUGUACCCGAGGUUUUUUGACCUCCAAGAGUACUUUACAACAAAUUUCAAAAUGCCACGUUGUUGUUAGGUGCUGUCAAGUCAAUUCCGACUCAGCAACAACAGAACAAAACUGCCUAGUCCUGUGCCAUCUUCACAGUCAUGUUAUGCUUGAGCCCGUCGAUGCAGUCACUGUGUCAAUCCAUCUUGUUGAGGGUCUUCUUUUUUUUGCUGACCUUCUAAUUUACCCAGCAUGAUGUCCUUCAGGGACUGGUCCCUCCUGAUAACAUGUCCAAAGUAUGUGAUACGGAGUCUUGUUUUCAAGAAGCAUUCUCGCUAUACUUCUUCCAAAACAGAUUUGUUGGUUCUUUUGGCAAUCCAUGGUAUAUUCAGUAUUCUUCACCGGUACCAUAACUCAAAGGCUUCAAUUCUUCCAUCUUAUGCAUUGUCCAGCUUUCACGUGCAUAUGAAGCAAUUACAAAUAUGGCUUGGGUCAGGCGCACCUUAGUCCUUAAAGUGACAUCUUUACUUUUUAACACUUUAAAGAGGUCUUUUGCAGCAGAUUUGCCCAAUGUGAUAUGUUGUUUGAUUUCUUGACUGCUGCUUCCAUGGGCAUUGAUUGUGGAUCCAAGUAAAAUGAAAUCCUUGACACCUUCAGUCUUUUCUCCAUUUAUCAUGAUAUUGCUUAUUGGUCCAGUUGUGAGGAUUUUUGUUUUCUUUAUGUUGAGGUGUAAUCCAUACUGAAGGCUCUGGUCUUUGAUCUUCAUCAGUAAGUGCUUCGAGUCUUCUUCACUUUCAGCAAGCAAGCUUGUGUCAUCUGCAUAACACAGGUUGUUAAUGAGUCUUCCUCCAAUCCUGAUGCCCCAUUCUUCAUACAGUCUGGCUUCUCAGAUUAUUUGCUCAGCAUACCAGAACCAAAAACCAAGCCCAGUGCUGUGGAGUCGAUUCCGACUCAUAGUGAGCCCAUAGGACAGAGUAGAACUGCCCCACAGAGUUUCCAAGGAGCGCCUGGUGGAUUCAAACUGCCGAUCCUUUGUUUAGCAGCCGUAGCACUUAAUCACUACGCCACCAGGGUUUCCCAUAAUGACAUAAGGGGGUAGAAAUGAAAAGACAAGGAGCUUAUAAGACCAACCCUGAUCAUACUAAGUAGAAAAUGAGACUGGAAAGUAGCUAGUGCUAGGCUUACUAAGAAAACCCUAGUGGCAUAGUGGUUAAGAGCUGCAGCUGCUAAUGAAAAGGCCGGCAGUUUGAAUACACAAGAUGCUCCUUGGAAACUCUAUGGGGCAUUCUACUGAGUCCUAUAGGGUCCCUAUGAGUCGGAAUUGACUCGACAGCAACGGGCUUUUGGUUUGAUAUGCUUUCUAAGCACCAAGUAUUAUCUAGGCAUUUCACAUAUUAACUUUGGAUCUUAGCUUUAUGAGGUGGAAACUUACUAUUCUUAAUUAUAAAUGGGGAAGCAGGCAUGGGGAGGAGGUUAAAUAGCUUGCCUAAAGUCACACAUUCUAAAUAUGUAAAUGGUAAAGCGAGGAUUUAAACCUAAGCUGUAUGGCUCCAGAGUCUGUGCUCUAGACCAGUAGUUCUCAAACUGUUAACGUCUAAUAUGAACCAUCUGAGGAUCUUGAGAAAGUGCAGAUUUGAUGAGUAGGUCUGGCAUGAGGCUCGAGACCCUGUGUAUCUAAUAAUCUCCGAAAUGAUGUUGAUGCUGCUGGCCACUAUAUGCUACCUCUAAUCUACCACACAUCCCCUCCCUUCCUUCUAACCGUAUUUCUUUUGUAGCCAGAAACUGCCUUCCCUGUGCCACCUCUGAUGUUAAUGAAUUCCCAAAUGUUUCCCACAUUAAAUUCUCUUCCUUGCCAACUGCCUCCACUCCUCUCUCUCCCUCAUCUUCCAUUAAAUUACGUAGUCUCCACUUCCUAAGUAGCUGACCUCAUUGUUUCAGUGGUGUGCAUGAUGGGGCUUAUCACCUCUGUGGAAUGGACUUUUUACCAACCCCCUUCCUCCAGAGGAACCUCUGUGGACCUCCGCCCUUGCCCAGUAUAUCCACUACACUGCUACUGGUAUCUAGGGGAGCUUUCCAAAAUUCUAAGCUUGUUGUGUCAGUUUCCUGCAUAAAACCUUAUAAACCUGAUGCUGUCAAGUCGAAUCCGACUCAGCAGCCCUGUAGGACAGAACAGAACCACCCCAUAGGAUUUCCAAGGAGUGGCUUCUAAGAUUCGAACUGCCAGCCUUUUGCUUAGCAGCUGAACUCUUAACCAUUAUGCCACCAGGGCUUCAUUUCAAUGACUCCCAAUUGCCAAUAGACUAAAAGUUCUGGUUUCUUUACAAACAAUCCUAUCGUGCCAAGAAACUUGCUUACAUAUCUAAUCUUUUCCUAGAAUACUGCUGCGGCCUCUUUAUCUUGUCUAAAAUCUGAUCUCAGUUCUUUUUUCUUAAAUGCACUGCUUCCCUUGAAGACCUUUCAAGUGGACAUCUUCAUUCUUGCCCACUAUCAAUAUCUGGAACCAGGAAUAAACCAAAACCAAACCAAACCCAUUGCCAUCAAGUCAAUUCCAACUCGUAGCAACCCUUUAGGACAGGGUAGAACUGCCCUAUAGGGUUUCCAAGGAGUACCUGGUGAAUUGGAACUGCUAACCUUUUGGUUAGCAGCCAAACUCUUAACCUUCACACCACCAGGGUGUCCACUGGAACCAGGAAUAGCGGCUGGUAUUCUAACUUCUCACUACAGAUUCCAAGCCAGCUCCCCUGCCUUCGUCAUCAGGCCAUACACUGUUCCACCCUCAUUCCAUCAUUGUUUUGUUGUUAAUUGCCAUGGAGUCAUUUUUGACUCAUGGUGACCACGUGUUACAGAGUAGAACUGUUUCACAGGGUUUCCCUGGGUUUUUUUAAAUCUUAACAGAAGCAGAUCACCAGGACUUUCUUCCAUGGUACCAGUAGGUAGGUUUGAAUUGCCAACCUGUAGGUUAGCAGAUGAGUGCAAACCACUUGCACCACCUAGGGACCUGUCACUCUUUUAGGGAGAAGAUUUUAGCAGUAUCCUGUCAUCAGCUUAGGCCGAUCCAUUGUCCUCUGUGCCUUUGAACUCACCAACAUAAAAGCCUUUCACCACCACUGCCAUUUGACCAUCCACUUCUGUGACCACUUCCUGCACUUCGUUCUGCAGAACUGUUAACACUGCUGAAAUCAGUAACCAAAGUAUUGCACAUUCUAAACAAAACUUUCUUUUAUUCCAGAUUUCUUACUCCUUUACCCUCACCAAACCUGCUUUUCAACUUCAGUGAAGUCUGCAGGUUUAUAGUCUCUCCCAGUUCUCCAGGUCUGUUUGCCUCCUCUGUCUUCACUUUCUACCUUGAACCUCAUGGUCAUUUAUUUCAAACUCAGUCUCAUCAGCAUCUUCAAGUCCGUUCAGCCACCCCUGUCCUUCCACAUGGACUCUAAAACAGUCCUCAACUUGAGCUAGUGUUUCCCCUACAGCAGUAAUUAACUAAUAUAUCUGUGAAUUAUUGCUGCAUAAUAAAUUAUCUCAAACCUUAUGGAUUAAAGCAAUAAUAGUAUUUUUUAUCUCAUACUGUUUCCAGAGUUUCUGUGGAAAACCAAUGUUAAGAGCAGCUUAGUUGGGUGGUUCUGGCUCAGGGUCUCCCAGGAGGUUGCGGUCAUCUCAAAGCUGACUAGGCCUGGAGAACCCACUUCAAAGGUAGCACACUCGCAUGGUUGUCAAGUUAGUGAGGCAAGAGUUCUCAGUUUCUUAAGCUAUGUGGACCUCCUUACAAGCCACUUGAGCAUCUUCACAACGUGGUAGCUGGCUUUCUCCAGAGCAAGUGAUCGAAGAAAGAGAGCAGUACAGAAGCAACAAUGUCUUUUUUGACCUAACCUCCAACAGAUCAUUUCUGCAACCCUAUUCAUUGUGGGAGAGGACUGUACCGGGACAUGAAUACCAGAAAUGAGAAUCAGUGGAGGUGAGAAAUAUAUAUACCAGGUUUUAUACAUGCAUGUAUAUCUGUGUGUGUGUGUGUAGAUGUAUAUAACACACACAUAGCCUGAAGGGGAAUGUGUACAGAGUAGUAGAACUAGAACAACUUCAUGGAAAUAAGUUGAACUAAUAUUAAAAAACAAACCCAGCCAAUAUUAAAAAAAAAAUAUUAGAUAGCAUUUAUUGAAGGAUGUGCUCCUCUCCAGGCUCUUAUUGAUCAGGAGGUCCCCAAAAAACUUCUGUGAGAUGGGCUAUUUAUAUAUGAAAACUCUUUGCCAAUUUCAAGGCAUGACUUUCGUAAACCAACCAAUCCUAUUGGGUGGAUUGCAAGCCACUUACUCGAAUAGCAACCUGACCAACCUUGCAAACUGCUUAGGAGGAUAGCGAACCUACGAAUCCUUGUAAGCCACUUAGGCAGAUAGCAAACCAGCCAGUCCUCGCAAGCGGUUUAUGCAGAUAGCAAACCAACCAAUCCUUUUGGGAGAGUUGCAAACCCAGGACCAGAAAGGCCACAUAAAAGAAACCCAUUGUACCGCAACAUAGUAAUUAUUGUUCCAUUUUACAGCCAAGGAAACCAAGACUUAGAGUUAAAAGUAAUUUGUUCAAAGUCAAAUAGCACUAGAAGUCUCUUCCCAAGAACACAAGGGUAUUAAGGAGCUCUAGUUGUCUAUGGUUACUAUUGUUGUAGCUUAAAUAUUUUAUUUUGCUCGUGAACCUCCAAUUUGGGUAGGGUUUAGUGGGGACUUGAAGGCUGAGAUCUAGAAUCAUCUGAACGUUUAUUCAUUCAUAUGUUGAUGUUGGCCUUUGCCUAAAACCUUUGCUGAGGUGUCGACCAGAACAUCUAUACGUGGCUUCUCUGUGUGGCCUUGCUUUCCUCACAACGUGUUGCCAGGUUAGAUUCCAAAGCCAAGUCAGUAUAGAGGGAGAGCCCAGAGAAAGUUGUAUCUUUUUAAUAAUUAAGUUCCUUGUUUAGGGCUCGGUCUUAUUGCCUAGGAAUGGUUCUCCACAGCUCUUGACUGUACCCUCUGGACUCUAGGUUCUGCCCUCUGAAUCAUUCUUCCUUUUCCAUUAAAGAAAAAAAAAAAAAAGAGGUUGGUGUUUGACACUGAGUUGUUUUCUCAGCUUGCUUCCUGCUCAUAGAAAUUCAGGAGUCCAAAAGGCUUCUUUUCAUUUUGGACUUUCUGUUCCUUUUACUCUAAGGUUGCAGUAUUUCCAUUAGUACAAUUCUCUUAAAAAUUUCGUGGCUUUUUAAUGAAUCUUACUGGUGUUUAUAUACUACUUUUGACAAAAGCUAUAGCAACAAAGCUCAUCAAGUCCCUCUGCUGAUAGAGGUUAGAGGAACCCCCAAGACUAUUGCCCUAAGGUACCCUUUGAACUUGGAAUUAAAGCUAUUUCUACAGGUUACCUUUCAGCCAAAUAAUAGGUUGGCUUAUAAAAUAAACAAUAUCACCUGUGAGUAAUGUGCUUCCUUAAACAAUUAACUAUACGAGACCCAAUGGUCAACAUUUACCCAAAAGCAAAGAUGAAAAGGCAAGGAGGGGAAGGAAAGCUAGAUCAGUGGAAACAGAACAAACAGAAUGGAAAUAAUGAGUGCUGACACAUUGUAAACUUUGUAACCAAUGGCAGGGAGCAAUUUGUAUAAAAAAUUGUUAAAGAGGAAUCUAAUUUGCUGUGUAAACUUUCACCUAAAACAAUAAAGUAUUAUUAAAAAAAAAAAAGUAAAAUUGUAGAAGUGCAAGGCAAAAAAAAAGAUAAGUCCUCCUCUGUCUUGAUCUUGUGAGGCUGUUGUUAGCUGCCACUGAGUCUGUUCUGACUCAUAGCAGCCCCAUGUGACAGACUAGAACUACCCCAUAGGGUUUCCUAGGCUGUAAUCUUUCACAGAAGCAGAUCACCAGGUCUUUCUCCCUCGGAUCCGCUGGGUGGGUGUAGCCACUUGGUGGGUUCCAACCAUCAACCUUUUGGUUAGCAGCCUAGUACUUAAUUAACCAUUUUGCUUCCAAGGCUCCUCCUGUAAGGCUACUGUGGGGCAAUACCCUUAAGAUUCAUAGAAAUCAUAUUGUUUAGCAAAGAAGAUCUGCAAGGUAUACCCUUGAAAUCCCUAGAGGGAGUUUUAUCUGUCAGAGACACCACCUCCUGAAAUCACAACAGAGGGUUUUAUAUGCAUGCCCUGGGCUUCAUUUUUAGACCAUGUUGUCCUGAUAGCACACUAGGUUUAUCUGCUCAACAGCCAUUUGUUAAUUUUAAUACCACUUGGCAUCUGGGAAUAAGAACAUUUUACUUUGAAAAUUAGUGAGUGCUGGCUCCUUUCUUCUUAACAGUUUGUUCUUUAUUUCUUCAUUUUACUAUACGAAGUCAGAAAAAGCCAGGUGACACCUCUGAUAUUUUACCUAGAAAUCUCUUUAACUAGAUCAUCUAGUUCAUUAAGUAUAUUUCAUAUUUUCACAUUACCACAGGUGACAAUGUUGCUAAAUUUUCUUCCACUAUUAAGGUCUGUGGCUUGUGCAGUUUGCACUUGGCUACCAACUGGAAGGUUGGCAGUUUGACCCCACCCAGCAGUUCUGUGGAAGAAAGGCCUGGCAAUCUGCUUCUGUAAAGAUUACAGCCAAGAAAACCCUAUGGAGCAGUUCUGCUCUGUAACACAUGGAGUCACCAUGAGUUGAAACUGACUCCCUGGCAGGGAGCUUGGUUUUUGGUUUUAUAUAACAAAGGUCUGUUUUCCUUUAGCUUCCAAUUAGAUUUUCCUCAUGUUAAGCCCUCACAGACAGCCUCCUUCAGGGAUAUCAGGCUUCUGCUAACAGUCUCUUGAAGGCCCUUUGGACUUUUACUAACACUAUCCUCAAUGUCCAGUCAGUCCCAAAUCACAUGUUUUAGUUUUUAUUAAAUAGCAUUCCAUUUAUCAUACCAAAAUCUGAUCUGGUUAUCUAUUCCUACAUAACAAAGCACCACAAAACGAUCUGGGUGAAGACAACAAGGUUUAUUUUUGUUCAUGAGUCUGCAAUUUGGGCAGGAUUUGGCAGGGACCCUGGCCAUUUCUAGAAAAUACAAACUGCAACAGAGCCAGGUGAAGAUUUAAACUUAGGUCUGACUCUAAAGCCCAUGCUUUUCCACUGUAUCAUACUGUCUUUCUUGGAUGGGUGAAUAUGAAAUUUAAAAGCCAAAAGAAUCUGUGUGCAAAAGAAGAAUUAAAAGGUAAGAAGGUCAAUCUGAAAACGAACUACAUGGACAGCAUACUAGCUGUACCAGUGUUAUGGUAAAAGCAGGGGCUUGGGUAACUGUUGUCAAAAAUGUUACGUAAACCUGGGAGUAAUUCUAAAGGUUAGACAUAUCUUUUCUCUUCCAGAAAAUGAUUUGUGGUAAACAUUAAAGAAUUCACACAUAAUAAAGUUUGUUUAUUCAUUGUUGAGUACUUAAUAUGGGUAAGACACUGUACCAGGCACUGGAGAAACGGAUGAAUAAACAUGAUCACUGCCCUUCAGAAGCUCAUAAUUUAAUGGCGGAGGGAGACAGACACAUCCCUUAUCAUACAUUACCAUAGAUAUGGCGUCACGGUAUUGUGAAGUUAUAAGGAAAGCGUUAAGGAGCCUUUUCCUGGAUCUAGUAAGGAAAGGUUACCAAGAAGACAGUAUUUGAGUAGGGCCUUGACAGUUCAACAGGCAAAGGAGGAAAGGAUAUUCAAGGCAGAGAAAGAAGCACCAACGGCAAACUCGCAGGCAUGAACAACACUGGGAUUUGGGUACUGCAUGCAUUUCAGUUCAGCCAGAAUGUGUGGUACAUAAGGAGGCCAUAGGAAGAAAGACUGGAAAGUUCAUCAAAGGUUAACCAGAGAAGGAUCAUGUAAAGCAUGUUAAGAUACUCAGACUUUAUCCCCCCAGUAUAAAAAGUUUUUUCUGUUUGGUUUUUGUUUAUCAAUACACAAUCAGAUCUAUAUUUUACAAAAAUCACUCUCAACCAUAGUUGAGUUUAGGGGAGUAACUACUGGGAUAGAGCUUGUAACCUACUAAAACCAAAACCAAACUUGUUGCUGUCAAGUCGAUUCUGACUCAUAGCGACCCCAUAGGACAGAGUAAAACUGCCCCACAGGGUUUCCAAGGAGCAGCUGGUGGAUUCAAAAGCUGACCUUUGGGUUAGCCAGCCAAGCUUUUAACCACUGCACCACCAGGGCUCCAAGAACCUACUCCAAAAAAAAAAAACCAAACCUGUUGCCGUCGAGUUGAUUCCAACUCAUAGGGACCCUGUAGGACAGAGUAGAACAGCCCCGUAGAGUUUUGAAGGAGCACUUGGUGGAUUCAAACUGCCAGCCUUUUGGUUAGCAGACGUAGCUCUUUAACCAUCGCACCACCAGGGUUUCCAAGAACCUACUCAAAAUAGGGUGCUGUAAAUGCUUACACCUUGAUCUGAGUGAUGACUGUAUUGAUAGAUACACGUGUGUAAAAGUUUAUCAAGCUGUACAUGCAAGAUUUGUGUACUUCAUACGAGUUACACCUCAGUAAAAAGGACCUACCUGUACCAGCUCAGACUUGUUUGGUCACAAAUGAUAGAAAAGUAAAUGAAUGAAUGAAAUAGCUUAAGGAGCAAAGACAAAUUUUGGUUCAUGUUACUGAAAAGUCCUGGGGUAGUUCUGGCAUCAGACAUUACUGAAUCCAGCAAUUCAAACAGGGCCUGUCCUAGUAUCUCUCCAUCCCUCAGCUCUGUCUUCUACUGUAUUGGCUUCAUUCUCAGGUUCCAUGUGGUGGGUCCCAGCAGUUCCAAGUUUACAUCAUCGUCCCUGGUCAGCAGAAAAGAGUAGUGCCAUCCUUCCCAACAGUCUUACCAAAGUCUCCUUGUUCCGUUGCUCUUGGCUCUAUCUGGGUCACAUGACCAUCCCUGAACUGUGGCCAGGGGAAUGUAAUGCCCUGAUUUGCCAGGAGCAAGAAGGAAACCAAAGACUCAAAGAAGAAACUAGUCUACAGGAUAAAUAGUCUACAUGAACCAUGAUCUCAUUUACCCUGAGACCAAAAGGACUACGUGGUGCCCGGCUGCUACUACCAACUGUUCUCAUCAGGGCCACAAUAGAUAGACCCUGAUAGAAUGGAAGAAAAAUGUGGAACAGAACCUAAAAUUGCUUUAAAAAAUACCUACUGGACUGGUUGAGACUGGAGGAUUCCCAGACACGAGAUACUCCAAACUUUGAACUGAAACUAACCCCUGAGGUCACCUUGUAGCUAAAUAACAAACAGGCUCAAAAAAUAAUAUCACCGGUAAAUACUGUGCUGCUUUUAAAAAUUACCUACCUAAGACCAAACGAUAGACAAUUACUUUAAAACAAAGAUGAGAAUGUAAGGGGGAGGGGAAGCUAGAUUUAUGGAAAUGAAAGAACCAGAAUGGAAACCAUCAAAAUGGUCACAUACUGUGAAGAUUGUAACCAAUGUCACUGAAAAACUUAUGUAGAAAUUGUUAAAUGGGAACCUAAACUACUAUGUAAACCUUUACUGAAAACACAAUAAAAUGUUAUUUAAAAAAGAAUAAUGGAAGAAGACAUGCUAAAACCAGAAUAAUAAAUUAGAGUGGUAGAACUAUG